CAUAAGUUUAUCUUCCAUGGUUACAUGUGGCAACAAGAUUGACUGCAGACAUGCCAGGAAUUCUGUUGGGAGACGUGUUCCCUGACUUUGAAGCAGAGACUACGAUCGGGAAGAUCAAAUUUCAUGAAUUCUUGGGAAAUUCAUGGGGUAUCUUGUUCUCACAUCCACGUGACUUCACUCCAGUAUGUACGACUGAAUUAGCCCGUGCUGCAAAGCUGAGUGACGAGUUUAAGAAACGUGAUGUGAAGAUGAUCGCACUGUCCAUUGACAGUGUGGAGGACCACCACAAAUGGAGUCAGGACAUUAUGGCAUUCAACCAAGACAAAGCAUGCGGUCUAUUGCCAUACCCUAUCAUAGCAGAUGACAAGAGGGAGUUAUCUGUCUUAUUGGGAAUGCUGGACCCUGAUGAGAAGGACAAAUUAGGGAUGCCCCUCACUGCUCGCUGUGUGUUUGUUAUUGGUCCUGAUAAGAGGCUGAAGCUGUCUAUUCCCUCCUCGCGAAGUCUUGUUAGCCCCGGCCACAUUUCUGAGCGUUCUACCCGUUUUCUUGUUUAUCUCGUGUACCAGUCUAGCCUGUUUCUCCCGACCUCGAUAGUUUGCCGCCUGCCUAGUUUACUCUGCCUGUUCUCCGCCCACGAUCGUUCGCUGCCUGCCCUGACCCACUGCCUGUUCUUGUUACGAGCCUGCCCGUCCUCCUCUCACUGUGUGUGUCUGCGGACUCCGUCUGCUCGUCCCGAGUUGACACCUCCCCUUAAACCGCACAUGGAUCCCAACCAGCCCGAGUCCUCGUCACAGCAAAACUUCUUCGCCACUAUACUACUCAAUCACUGGUGCCAUGAGGAGAACGCCAGCUCCAUUACCUGGACAACAGCUCAUUUGGGCUUGGACAAUCCGCUUAUUAUGGAGGUGCUAAGCCAGAUUUUAGUUUAA